AGCUUCAAAGUUGUAUGCAAUGCAACUUCGCCUUCGAUAGAGUGGGUCAACUGUGUUGUGGCAUAUCUUCCAGGCUGCUGGUGCUUUUGCCAGAACUAGGUCAUAUCUGCUGGGAAAACAAAGCACCCAAAAAUGCCGACGAGUUUUGAAGUCCGUCUGUCCGAAGACAACGCACAGAAGGGUGCGACAUUUGAGGAUGUCCUCAAACAGACGGGAGAGUUCGGGACUUAUCAGAUUCGUCUCUUCAUUAUUAUCACCUUGAUGGACAUCACCACAGGACAGUGUAUGAGUUAUUUUGUUUUCUCCAAUUCGAAUCCGGGGUGGAGGUGUGCGAGGUAUCAGGGUUCGAAUACCACUUUCAACGAGACGACGAAUUUCACGGCUGACGCCUGCGUCUUUAACGGGACGAAGUGUGUAGAAUUUGAAUUCUCUCCCGAGUUGAAGUCCAUUACAACCGAGUGGAGCCUAGUGUGCGACCAAGGCUACCUCCCCAAGAUGACCGUCUCCAUCCAGAUGGCGGGUGUCCUCGUAGGAGCCCUGACCUCCGGACAGGUUGGCGACACCUUUGGGCGGCGGAAGACGCUGAUUGCAAUGGCAUCUCUCAUGAUGGUCCUCCAGAUUGUGGUGGGAUUCUCCAACUCGUGGCAGUUGUAUGCCGUGUUGCGAUUUUUUGUAGGAAUGGCCACAGCGGGCACCCUCAACAUCUCCAACACCCUUCCUAUGGAGUUUAUCGGCGCGAAAUACCGGACCUUCUGCAGCUCGCUGGGUGUCUACAGCAUGGGCAACAUGAUGAUGGCUCUCAUGGCCUACCUCAUGAGGGACUGGAGAUACCUAGCGGUGGCCAUUGGAGUGAUUGAGUUUCCAAUACUAAUUGCCAUCCUGUGGGGGUGUCCCGAGAGUGUUCGCUGGUUGCUGCAGAGGGGAAGGCUGCAAGAAGCUGAAGAUAUCGUCAAGCAAAUGGCCAAGGUCAAUAAAAGGUCAACACCUGACCUUGCCAUCCUGAAGGUCAUCGCGCAGGGAAACAAGGAGUUGAAGAAGAGAGAGAAACAGUAUAGCUAUCAUGAUCUGUUCAGGACAAGGAAGAUGGGGGCUAGGACAGCCGUGCUUCUAUUCACCUGGUUCACCGCCAGCUUGGUGACGUAUGGGAUAAGCAACAUGUACGAUACCUUAGAAUGGUCUGUCUACCUCUCGGUCGUUAUCAAUCACUCCACUUCAAUGUUGUUCGGGUGGACGGUCAUCUACACCGCCGAGAGGUUCGGCCGUCGGAAGAGUUACUUGGCUUACAUGACCAUUCCUGUCGUCUGUAUGGUGACGGUGGCUCUGAUGGGGGCGCUGGAUGUGACAUCUCCGGACUUGCUGACUACCAUGGUCCUGCUCGCAGUCGGAGGGAUAAUCGCGUGUUGGGGAAUAUCAACUAUCCAUGUCAGCGAAUUGUUCCCAACAUUGACCAGGAUUAUUGGAAUGGGAGCCUGUAGUGUGGCAGCCCGUAUCGGAGGGAUCCUAGCACCCCAAGUGGCAUAUCUGGGCGAGUUCAGUCACUGGGCUGUUCCCUACAUAUUUUACGGGACAUUCUGUAUCAUGAGUGCUGCCUUGGUGUUCUUUGUCUUACCAGAGACGCAAGGAGAGCCACUACCAGAAAAUAUGCCAGCAAGAAAAGACAGCACCCACAGAGCUGACGUUAGGGCAUCUUGGAUGUGGAGCUCACAGAACUAACAACAUGGGGGACUUCAGCACUCUGGUGUGAGAACCUCUUGAAUGUGGAGCUCACAGAACUAAGGACAUGGGGGACUUCUGCUCAACACUCUGAUGCGAGGUUGAUGGUUUUUCAAUUGCAAUCACUUGAAGUUAUUCUGUUGAGUGUAAAACAUGUCUCGCUGAUUAAUC